AGCGCACCGUGGAUGGCGACGGUGCCUCUUUCUUUGCCUUUCCACAGCUCUCCCCAGUGGUGGGGGGGAAGUGGGGAACUAAGUGCCCUCCCUCCUCUACCAGCCCCUCCCUCCACACCCCCACCCGGCGGGGCUUCUAACUGACAGUUGUCGCCGGGCUCGGUCCGCGCGCCGCCUCCUUUUUGCCCGGGUCCCCCGCAGGUAGAGAGGGGCGGGAGGGGGUGUGAGGGAGAGGAGGAGGAGGAGCCCGAGCUGCCGCGGCCCAGCGCUGCGGCCUCCUCCGGGGAGGCGAGAGGAGAACCCCACUUCGUCCUCGCCCCCUCCCAGUCCCUUAGCCGGCCCGGGAGGGGGUGGGGCGCCGAGGCCGCGGCGGCCAGGCCCCUCCAGGCGGGUGAAGAGCGGGCGGGGCGCGGAGGGUUGAAGCAGGCGAGGGCCGCGCGCGCGCCGCCGCCGGGGGGAGGGGAGAGGAGGGCACCUAAGCUCUCCUCUUCUCUCCCCCAUCCCCCGCGCGCCAUGUAACCCCGCCCCGCUGGCGGCGAGCUUGAGACCCCCGCGCGCACCGAGCCGAGCCGGCUGCUGAGGAGAGCGAGGGCCGAUGCGGCUGGGGCUGCGCGGUGAGGCUGAGCCCUGAGGAGGCGGCCCGCGCUCACGCGUCCCCCGGCGCCUCGAGCGGCCGCCCCACAUCGCCCAACCUGGUCCUGCCGGGGGCAUGAGCGUGCCCAAGACGCCGGGGGAGAUGGAGCCGGCCGGAGAGGAGGAGCGACCGCCACCGGCAGCCGAGGAAGAGGACGAGGAGGAGGUGGCAGUGGCGGCCCCGGCCUCAGGGCCGGCCCGAGGGAGGAGUGCCUCCUCGCAGGAAGACGCAGACAACCUGGAGGAGGAGGAGGAGGACACGGAGGAGGCGAUGGUGGUCGGGGGCGGUGGCUGCAAGGAGCAAGAGCUGAACUACGAGCUGCAGCAGGGCUACCGCAUCCUGGGCGAGUUCCUGCAGGAGAAGCACCGGGGCCUCACCGCCCCCUUCCUGCAGCCCUUCGGGGGCGUUGCCACUGGGGAGGAGGAGGUGGCUGAGGGGCCGCGCAGCGGGGGCCGAGGAAGUCGCUCCCUGUCUCAGCAGCCCGGGCAGGGCAUGUGUCUGCUGAAGAUGGAGGAGAAGUUCAGUAGCGGCCAGUACGGGGGCAUCACCGAGUUCGUGGCGGACUUCAGGUCGAUGCUGGAGACGUGCUACCGCCUGCAUGGAGUGGACCAUUGGAUCUCCAGACAAGGCCAGAAGCUGGAGAUGAUGCUCGAGCAGAAGUUGGCGCUUCUCUCUCGGCACUUGAGAGAAAAGACAACGAUAGCAGUUACAUCUAGAGGCUAUUAUGGAUUGGAGGAUGAGAAGGGAACUGCAUGUACUUCAACAAGGCGUCGGUCAACAACGCGAAGUUUGGCAGGCUUGACAAGUGGAGUUUUUGAAUCUAUAAUGGUUCAAGUUUUGAGACAGGAAGAACAGCUGAGAGCAAAAGAAGAAAAAAGGCUUCGGGAGCAGGAAAGAAAAGAAGCAGAAGAAGCUAGUCAAAAGGAAAUAGAAGAAUGGGAAAGAAGACUUCUAGCUCAAGCAGCUCCAACUUGUAUGGAGACCAUGUGGGAAAUUCCAGCUAUUGGGCAUUUCCUUUGUUUAGCCCAGCAAAUUCUAAAUUUGCCAGAAAUAGUCUUUUAUGAAUUGGAACGUUGUCUUCUUAUGCCUCAGUGUAAUGCUUUUUUGUCUAAAAUAAUGACUUCUCUAUUAAGUCCUCCUCAUCGCAGACCUACCUUACAUCGAAGACCUACUUUGCCUUACAGGACCUGGGAGGCAGCACUGAGACAGAAAGUACAACAGUGGUACACUGCUGUAGGGCAGACUGAAAAUCCCAAUAACUGUGCUGAAAAACUUGGGUUGUGUCCUCAGUUUUUUAAAGUUCUUGGAGAAGUUAAUCCAUUGGAAGAAAAACCUUUUCAUGAACUACCUUUCCACCAAAAAGUGUGGUUACUUAAGGGUCUUUGUGACUUUGUGUAUGAAACGCAAAAAGAAGUUCAAGAUGCUGUACUUGGACAGCCUAUUCAUGAGUGCAGGGAAGUUAUCCUUGGUUAUGAUUAUUUGGAGAAUGCUUAUGUACAUUUUCCACAGUUUUGUGGUGCAGAUGUACGGAUUUACAAGCAGAGACCUUUUCAGGCCCCAGAAUUUCCAGUUCCACCCAUUAAAAUACAAAGAGUACCUCGGAUUAAACUGGAGAAAUUGAAGUAUGACUAUUUUAGUACAAGUAAUGGAGAACAUAGGUGUAGUAGAGAAGGCUUGCCCUCUGCCUUCAAGAAAGAGCAAGAAAUUAAUUUUGAUCCAACUUGCUGCCCUGCUAAAAUGAACUUGGAUAAUCAUGACAUCUCUGUUGAAAUGGGAGUGAAAUCCAACUGUGAAAUUAGAAUUCGCAAGCCCUGUGAAAUUAAGAAAACUGAUUGUUGUAAAGAAAAUUUAGAGAAACCAGGGAGUCCAGGGGAAGUUACUGGCUUUGGAGAACCUCUCAGUCCAGGUGAAAUAAGGUUUAUAGAAAAUCACGAAAGAUAUGGUGAAGCUUCCAGAGUAAAGCCUGAACCCAGUCCAUUCAAAGAAAAUGCUCUGAAAUCUUGCCAAAUACAUGUAAAUGGAAGUCACAGUGAUCACGCAGAAAUUAGCUGCCACAAAGUUGUAAGGGAUAUUCUAUUAGACCAGUCACUGCAGAGCCACAAGAAACUCAAGCUAACUAAAAUGAGGGCAAAAAAGAAGAAAAAGAAAAAAAAGAAGUUAAAAGAUGUUAUGAAUGAAAACUUACAGAGAAAGCGUGAAGGUCUUCAUUCUCUUGCAUUCAAGUCUUACAAACCUGAGAUCCAGAAUAAGUUAUUGAUCAUCAAAAAGAAAGCAAAACGCAAGAAGCACAAAUCUGGAAAAAAAUCCAUAUCUAAAAAAACAAUUAUAAAGAAGAGGAAAACUGUCACAAAGUCAACUACUGUACCAGAAUUUCAGCUUAUUUGCACUAAUCUUGAUGAACUCAGGGACUUAAUCACAAAAAUCGAGAAUGAACUCAAAGAUCUGGAAAACAGUAGAAAAAAAUCGGGCAAAUGGUAUCAUCGGAGGCAAGCUGUAAAAGAAUUGCAUAGUACAUUGAUACGUCUUUUAAAUGAAUUGCUGCCAUGGGAACCAAAGUUAAUGAAAGCUUUUCAAAGAAACAGGAGCCGCCUAAAGAAAGACUAUGAUGAUUUCAGAAGACAUCCUGAUCAUGAUAAAUUUACUAGAGAACUAUGGACUGCUGAAGAAAGUGAAGGAGAUCCUGGAAAGGAAUCUCCUAAAGUGGAAAUCAGUAAGUCUGUAGACUCAACAGAACCUCUAGAUAUCCUGGAGAAAGAUCACUUUGAUUCAGAUGAUAUGAAAUUGUCAGAAAUAGAUUUUCCUAUGGCCAGAAGCAAGUUGUUAAAAAAGGAAUUGCCUUCUAAAGAUGUACUGAAGACACUGCCUAAAACACUUAAGCGACAGUCCAAACAAACUAGUCAUCUGGAUGAUAGCACAAAAGAGCUUUCUCCAAGGAAGAAAGCAAAGUUAAGCACAAAUGAGACAACAGUUGAGAAUGCAGAAGAUGAUAUACAGAUUGACUAUUUGAAUGAAUCAAACCAUACAGAGCCACUGUUUCCAGAGUCAUUUGCCUCAGUGGAUUCAACACCAGUGUCUACUUUCCAGAAAGGGACCAAACCUAUUCAGGCCUUGCUUGCAAAGAAUAUUGGGAACAAAGUGACCUUAACAAAUCAACUGCCCCCUUCUACAGGUAGUACUUAUGCUGUGGAAAAGCCCAUUGUAUCUCCUCCAGAAGCAAGCUCCAUAAAGCCAGCAUUGACCUGCCACACCAGUACAAAAGGUCCUUUACAGAUGGUAUACAAAAUGCCCUGUGGCCAGUGGUUGCCCAUAGAUCUUCAUAACAGCUCUGUAAAGAUUCAGAUGCAACCUGUGCUGGAUCCUAAAACAGGAGAAAAAAUUAUGCAGCAAGUUCUCAUUCUGCCUAAGAAUUUUGUGAUUCAGCACAAGGAAGGCAGAGCAGUUGCAAAAGAAAUACCACCACUUCAACAAAAAGGCACAGAACAACAUUGUUUAUCUUUCCAGCAGACAGCAAAUGUAAACUCUUCUUCAGCAAAAGUUCUUGUCAAAUCAACAGGAGCUAUGUCUUCUACCCAUCUAUCCAAUGCAGUUUUCAGUAAGACAAUUACACCUUUGUCAAAUGUGAGUAGUACUAGACUACAGCCUUUGUCACCUGUAACCUCCAUAAGUAAUUUAUUGACACCAUCAGUUAAAAAUAGCCAGAGUGAGAUGGGAAAAGUCAAGAAUGCAGUUUCAGCAGCCACAUUCCCCCAGCCCAUUGCUUCACCCACCAUUUCUUCAUCAGUUCAGCCUCUGUUAUCAGCAACAACACUAAGUGGAUCUACAAAUCCUGAUAGCUCCCUCAACUGUUUUGCACAACAAAUUUCUGAUUCUUCUGAAGCAAAGCAAGAAUUGAAAACUGUGUGUAUAAGGGAUUCACAGUCAAUUCUCGUUAGGACACGAGGUGGGAACACUGGAGUUGUAAAAGUACAGACAAAUACAGAUCAAAAUUCACCCAACAGUUUAUCUUCAAGUUCAGUUUUCACUUUUGCUCCUCAGCUUCAGGCAUUUCUGGUGCCAAAAUCAACAACUUUAUCAUCCUCUGCUUUUUCACCAGUAGCUGGAAUGACUACUACAUCUAGUCUCCCACCUUUUGGCCAGAUACCAACUUCUGUUUCCAUUCCAGCUGGCUUUAAUCCAUCUGUGGGGAAAAAUCUAAAACUUACUUUAGGCCAACCUUGUGGUAAUUUGGGCCACAUGGUAGAUAAGACUUCACACAUACCCUCUUCUCCAUUAAAGUCUUCUAUUUCUUCUAGUACUCUGCAAGCAUCAACAGCAAAUAGUUCAGUAAAUGUAAUUAGCCUGUCAACAGGAAAUUUUGGACAAACCAAUGCAAAUGUUAUCCAUACUCCAACUAAACAGCAACAAGCAGAUUAUAUCACAAAAAGUUACCCUGUCACAAGAUCAGAAGCAACAGUAGCAACAAAUGGAGAUGUGAUCAGUGGGACUGCAGUUCAGAAAGUUAUGCUGGUGUCAGCUCCAUCUGUUCUUUCUUCUGGCAGUGGAACUACAAUUAAUGUGACACCUGCACCAACACCUACAGGUGUUUCUGCCCAGAAAUUAGUUUUUAUUAAUGCUCCAAUUUCCAGUGGCACUUCAACUAUUGUGGCAGAACCAUUAAAACAGACUCUCCCUGCCCCCUUGCAUAAAACAUAUGGUAAGACUCCAGAGCAGCCCCAGAUAGUACUAAUUCCAUCUACAGUGGGAGCACCAGUAAAAGUAAACUCAUCACCAACUGUGUCUCAGAUAAAAGAUGUGAAAAUUGGACUAAACAUAGGUCAAGCCAUUGUAAAUACUUCAGGCAGUGUGCCAGCUAUACCAUCUAUUAACAUAUUGCAAAAUGUAACCCCAAAAGGAGAAGAAAAAAGUACCAAGGGCUAUGGUUUGCCAUUGUCAACAAGUGGUAAUUCAAUUCCAGUAAGCUCAAAUUUUGUGAGUCAAAAUAUUACUCCCGUUAAUGAAUCAGUAGUUUCUGCAGCAAGAGCAGUAAACAUGUUUUCAGUAACAGGAGCAAAUGUAUCUUUAGGUUCUCUUUCAGUGACCUCAACCUCUUCUUCAGUUGGGACACGACCUCCUGUUUUAGUCAGCGGAAAUGAUACCUCUUCAAGAAUUAUGCCCAUUUUGUCAAAUAGACUUUGCACAUCAAAUCUCGGAAACACUGUGGCUAUAUCAACUGUAAAAACAGGACAUCUUGCGUCAUCUGUUCUGAUUUCAACUACACAACCAACAGUGUCUCCUAAAUGUCUGACAUCAGCUCUGCAAAUCCCUGUUAAUGUUGCCUUGCCUACACCUGUGACUAUAUCUCCUAAAAUAAUCAACACAGUUCCACAAGUGGCAACAGUACCAGGAACCACACGUUCUGUAUCUCUUUCUAAAAGACAAUCUCGGACUUCCGUCCAAUUUCAACCACCAGGGAUUUCAGCUACAGUGCCAACAAAUAUAAACACAAAUAAACCUCAAACCGAAUUGCCAUCCCUUUCACCAAGUCCAGGUAAAAUAAUCAAUAUUUCCAAUUUUGCUUCUCUGCCAAGCCAGCCAAUGUCCCCUGCUUUAGUAAAAUCAUCCUCCAGUUACAGUUCUACUCCAGGUGGCUCUACCAUUCACACUUCUACAGCACCAUCAAAUGUAACUAGUGUGGUAGGAGGUCAGUUCAGUGAACCUUGUAUUCAGCAAAAAAUAGUCAUCAACACCAGUACACCUUUGGCACCCGGUACUCAGAUCAUGAUUAAUGGAGCCCGGUUUAUUGUUCCACCACAAGGUCUUGGAGCUGGCAGCCAUGUUCUCCUUAUAUCUACUAAUCCAAAAUAUGGACCUCCCUUAGUUCUUAACAGUGGCCAAGGCACUCAGCCUACACCAGUAGAAAAUCCUGUCCAGAAGACCACACUAGCAUCAAAUAAUUCUUUAAGUGGACAACCUGUAAAACAAUCUCUAAGAACCUCUACAAAAAUUGUAAACUCUCUUGAGAAUGCAAGUUCUCUACCCACAGUACAUACAACACCACAAAUCAUAAACACAACUGCUAAAGUUUCUGUUCCACCUCCUGUACCAACGGUGUCACUGACUUCAGUAAUUAAGUCUCCUCCAGGUACUCUUUUAGCUAAGACAUCUUUGGUUUCUUCCAUUUGCUCUAGUAAUCCUCCACUGCCAAGUAGUACUUCAGUAUUUCAUUUGGACACAUCAGUCAAAAAAUUGUUGGUUAGCCCUGAAGGAGCCAUUUUGAAUACCAUAAGUACUCCAGCAUCUAAGGUUUCUUCACUCUCUUCGUCUCUCUCUCAAAUUGUUGUAUCUGCCAGUCGAAAUCCUGCCUCUGUCUUCCCUGCUUUACAGGCAUCUGGCUUAGAGAAGCCUGACACAGCUGCAUCUUGAAUUUAGACUAAACGAGCCAGUUUUUAAAUAAUGGGGCAUUGUUUUGACUCCCAUAUAAAUUUUAACUGUUUAUUAUACUGUUGAAAACAUACUAUACAUAGAGUGUGUGUGUGUGUGUGUGUGUGUGUGUGUGUUAAAUGUAUCUUUUCAUUAGCUUGCAACAAGGCUUUGUUUUCUUGGGGAGGGAAAAAUCUGUUCCAUUUCGCUCAUUGGUAUAUGUUUUCAGAGGUGGUUUGUUUAAAGUAGACAGGAUUUACCUGUCUGUAUAACAAAUUGAACAAAGUCAAGUUUGACUAGUUUGGAGUAAGCUAGCCUUUUGUGCACUUGCAUUGACAUGUUUCUUCUUGAAUUUGGACUAUUGCAGCGUGUAUCUACAAUAUGGUAUUCUGUGUCAUUAGUGAAAUCUUAUUUUUGUUUCUGUAAAAAAAAUUAUAUAUAUAUAUAUAUUUAUGCAUUGUGAAAAUGCAGUCCAUGGUGUAAAAUUGUACAUAUUCCUAAAUUCCUAACAACCUGUACUAAACUAUAUGUACAAAGAACUCUGCUGUCUUAUUUAUGUUUUGUUUACAUAAUGUAUAGUUUUUUAAGUAUUUUAGUAAUUUUGGACCAGUGAACUGUUAGCAACAAUGCAGAGGAAUCUGCAUGUAAUAAACUGAGUUGCUGUA